GUUGUGCCCGCGAACGUGAUCGUAAGAAAACAAUAAAAGCAGCAAGCGAGCAGCGGUGCGCUCUCUUCGAUUGCUCUCUUCGUGUAUUCGUAUUCCGAUUGGGAUUCCUAUUGAUGAGUUUGGUUUCCAGUUCGCUUUUGUUAUCGAAACCAAUUGGAAUUGUGCAACUAAAAGAUUGAUCGUUUGUGGGGCGCUAGCAAUUAAUACAAAAAGUGCUUGCAACAAAAAAGUAAAAGUGUGUUGCGCGCCACAAAAUGUGGCAAGUGUUGGUGCUAUUUAGUGUGACAACUUUGCCGGCUUUGGAAAGUGAAAGAAAAUUCGCAAAUCAAAGCGAUUAAUAUUAUGUAUUAAUUUGCAUAUCAAAGAAGUCGUCUUAUUAUACAAUUUUAUAUAAUCAAAAACAAAAAAAAAAAAAGUUUUAUCUUCUAUUGUGUUGUGUAGUGUAUUGUGUUUAUUAAGCGUUUCUCAAAACCAGCGCCAAAAUGCCUCGAGGCGGCAGCUGCCAAUUGACUUGGCCAUUGGUCGUUGGCCAUAAACACAGUAAUGCAGUUGUCAGCGGACUUCACCAUGGCUUCGGAUGUGGCAGCUUCGAGCUGCGAUUCCAAUGGAAAUGCAACAACAACAACAGCAACAACACCGAAAACGACGCCGCGUAAAGAAAAGACAAUACUCGGUUGGCUGGUGAAAAGUGCAAGUGCUGGCGAUAAAACGAAACCUAACGAUAGCAGUAGCGAUAACGAUAACAGCGAUAAUCGAAACCACAACAACAAUUGCAACUGCGAAUCGCGCGCUUUUCGCGAUUUUCGCGGCGUACAAACAUUGCGUCUGCUGUGGAGCAAACGUAUCAGCAGCGCCAGCGAGCAGGCAGUGGCUGCCACACAACGACCUUCGCAAGGUCAUCAUCAUCAUCCCACUGGGCUGGGCACAUUACGCAAGCUAAACAAAUCCGUUAGCUGUUUGGUUAAUGCGUUUAAUAACGCGCGCGAUUGGCCCAGCCUAACAAACGCACCAGAAACGCGCUCAAAACGCGCGGCAAGUCUACACAAUUUGCAAGAAACGUGCGUGACGUCACAGCUGCAACGGGACAAGGAUAAUUUCUACAAAUACAAAACCGCCGAACAGGCCAAAAUGCAAAAUAAACUGAGACGCGAUAACAGCAGCAACAACAACAAUUGUGAAGAGACAGCAGCAGCAGCGAGCUUUCCCGCUGUCAAGGCCGGCAGCGCAGCUGGCGAUCGUUUGCAGUGGCCAAAACGCGCCGAUGUCGGCGUCGGCGUCGCUGCCAGCAAGUGCAAAAUGGAGAGCGCUUGCUUAUCACAGAAUGAGAGUGAGCAAGAGAAGAAGUGUGAGUGGGAGUGUGACAAGAGAAAGGGGUGGGAGGGAGAGAGGCAGCUUAUCAGUUUGCUAAGCGUAGAGCCCGCAGCAAUUAGUCGCAUUAGUCUCAAUGCGACGUGCGUUCAAAGCGGCAGCAACGAAUCGCUGCAAACAAUAAAUUCCAUAAAUUCCACAACAACCACAGCGACUGUGACGUCACAAGCAACGACGACGACGUCGACGACGCGCUCGAGUGGUGGAACGUGUGGAACGCGUCGCAAAUACAGUUUUAAAACGCAUGCAGGCAAAUCAUUUCAUCAGCAUCACACGCCACGCCGCAUGUCCAGUUACACUCACACACACACACACUCGCACAGUCACAGUCUGGGCGUGGCAGCGGCGGAGGGCGGAGUGACAAGUGCCGCGCCAACAGGUGGCGCCAGUCUAGUGCGUCAGUUGACCCAACAAUUCAAUGAAAUCAUACAAAAGGAUGCUAGAUUGUUGGAGCAAGUUAAGCGCAAAAAUGGCGUCUGGUUGGCGCGUGGAUCGCAUGUCUACAAGAUUGUGGAGAAGCCAACGCAGCAGCAACAACAACAACAUGAGCAGCACUCGCCGCAGCUGCGCAGCUCCAUGGUGCAGCGUAAUAUUAAAAAGUUCGAGAAGCUGGAGAAGCCUGCAGUGCCGCUGAAAACGGAGCAACUGCUGCGCAAGCAUCAGGAGCUCAUGAACAGUAAUAGACAACAUCCACAACAACAACAGCACAGCACACUCUCGCUGAGCAAGCAGAUGAGAAGCAAGCGAAAGCUGCAACAGCAACAACAACUGCAGGAGAGACAAAAGGAAACUGAACAGCUGGUGGAGCAGUUACAGGAAGAGGAGCAGCUGCGAGAGGAGCCGUUUAAAGAUAAGGAGCAGAGAAGACAACAGCUGGUGGAGCAGUUUAAGGAUGAGCAGCAACUAUGUAAAGAGCAGCUUCGUGAGGAGCAGUUGAAGGAUGUGGAGCAGCCUUGUGAGGAGCAGGCACAGCGAAUGCUUAAGUUGGCUGUGGAUCGUAAGAGGCCUGUGGAACAAAACAGCUUAGAUGAAGCAGUGCAAACGGAUGUGGAUGAUGCUAACAAACCAAAGCCACAAGCGUCAUACGCUGAAUCAGCUGAAUCAAAGCUGAGUCAGCUGUCGACUUCGACUGCGACUGCUGCUGAUGACGCCAACAAUGUAGAAGAGGCAGAUGCAUUGGAGGCAGAGCGACAGCAGCGACGCAAGCACAAAUAUGCGACAAUCUAUGAGAAGUUGCGAUUCUUGCCAUUUGCCAAAAGUGGCAAGAGAUCGCCACAAAAGACAGCAAAGCUGGAAAAAGAAGAGAAGCGGCAGCUGCAAUUAGAACUGGAGUUGCCAGGGCUGGAAACGCAGCAGUUGCCUUCGCCCUGCGUGGAGGCAGAUGCCAAAAUUUUGGCCGCCUUGGAAGUGCUCGAUCAGAAGCUAAAGAUACUCGCUGAACCGGAAAUUGAGAAGGAUGCGGAUGCAGAGCUGCUGCUGGCGGUGAAUGAUGAUUUCGAGCAACGCAUACUGCCAAAUAAUUCGUUUGUUUAUCAAGCGGCUAAUAAACAAAUCUCCAACAAUCAAUUGCUGCUCAAUCAGGCGGUAAAUGUGACGCUGGUGAAUGCCAUUGAAGGGGAGCAAAUGAUAAUGGAGCAGAAGCAAUUGGAGCAGGAGCAGAAACAGGAGCUGAAGCUGGAGCAGGAGCAGAAACAGGAGCUGGAAGUGGAGCCCAUGUAUGAGCCCAUAACGCCCACAACGGAGACGAAGACUGAACCGCAGGCGUCCAGCCUGUUUAAGUUAACAAACCAAAAGGUGGAUAAGCUCAAGGAGCAAAAGGAGGACAUCUAUCAGACGUUGGAGGAGGCAACAACGCCACAAGCCAAUUGGCUAGAGGGUUACGAGUCCAUUGCCGGCUCCUGUGAGGCCACAAAUCGCAGCAACAAUAACAACGAUGACUACGAGGCAUUUGCCACGCCUCCGCCCACCAUUGCCGAGGAGCCAGCCACUCCUCCGCCCCUCAACAUCAACAGUACGGGCACACUGGGUCGCAAUACACGCGAUGAGCUGCCGGAGUUGCCUAAACCGAAGCGAGUGCUGCCCAAAUCUCCCAACGUACUGCGUCCAGCGCCCGCCAAGCCAAAUCAUCCGAGUCGCCUGCUUGGGAAGCCCAGCAAGACUUCAACGGAUGAGGAGGAGGAGGAGGAGGAUGAGAAUAUAUAUGACACCAUCAAGGGUUGCUACGAAACCAUGUCCAGCACAAAGCUGAGAAAGCACUCCGAUCAAAUCUCCGUGAGCUCCAAUUGCUAUGAGAGCAUUUCCAACUAUCGCAGGAGUAGAGUAACAGGAACAGCAACAACAACAACCACCGCAACAACAACAGUUGCCACAACAAGUGUUGCAAGUGGCGUGCAACUCUCGAGCAGCGGUUCCUCCCUGACCAUUUCCUCGGAUCAUCGAACCAACAGUCUAUAUGAAUCCUCGCUAGCUGCAGGAGUGAUUUAUGGUAGUGCCAGUGUCGGCUGUCGUUCCUCCCUGGCCAGCAGUGCGGGAAGUGGCAGUGGGGGGGACAGAGACAGAGCCAGAACCAGGGACAGGAGCGGAGGCAAGCAGAGCGAUCAACGCUCCUCGAUUGCGGGUUCCAGUGACAACAGCGAUGCCUGGGUGGAUAUAUCCGAUGGUGAGGCAACUGUAGCACGAGUUGCCACCGGCGAAGCGCAGUUCAUUGUUGUACGGGAACGAUUCAAGCAGCAUCGGGUUCGCAGUCCGGAUUGGUCGAAACGCAUCAGAGACAAAAGACUGCAACAAAACAAGGCAAAGAGCUGCAUUGAAGAUGACUCGGAUCAUUAUUAUGAAACAUUGUCACCUUUGGGCAACAAGCGGCAUUCAACACAACUGCUGCCGGGGCAACAUCACAAGCGUAAUCAGGAUCUGCCACAUGGUUCCCAAAGGUGCAGCAAACAACAUUCCGCUUCAGCACAUGCUCUGGGUCAGCACGGGAUCAACUCGGAUGAUUACGACUCCUUUGAAUCGGAUAGCGAUGAGCACACGGAGCAGGAGCAGCGUUUGCAGCACCACAAUGACAGCGGCGUGGAUAUGCGUAAUCAUCGUUUGCCGGAGCCGCCGGCGCCACAGAAUCAGGUGUAUGCGAUAGUGCGCAAGUUCAAGGACUUUAUCUCCAAUAAGAAGUCACCCAAGAGCAGUCAGCAGAAGCUGUACGAGAAUACGCAGCAGGCGAACACCGGAACACAAUUCUAUGUGGAGUGCAGGAAGCAGGAGAUCUAUGAGAAUGCCCAAUCCCUGAGCAGUUCCGAGAAGAAUCUGAAUCUGAGUCAAGGUCAACAGGAGCAGAAUUCAAGUGCGAGUUUGUUGCGUCCCAAGCUGAAGAACGGCAAGAGUCUGCGUUCCAGGCUGCGAAAGAGUCUCGUGGGCUCCUCCUUUGAUACCAAACAGUUGUCCACGUUGACGCCCACGAGAAGCACCUUCUACAUUGAGGAUGUGACUGCACAGCAACUGGAACAGGAGCAAGAGCAUCAUGGUUCCGGUGGACUCGACUCGGGAUUCUCGGAGAAGGCCUCCUCCGGCGAUAUUCCCGUUCAGGUGCCCAGCGCCGAGUCCCAAAAGUUCUCAACGAUGGCCAGGAAGGCCAAAAAGGAGGCAAAGGCUAUGCGACGUCGCGCCACAAUUGGAGUGCGUCCACAUGAGCCUCCUCCCCCUCCACCACCGCCGCCUGAGCAGCGCAACAGCGUCAACCGAUCGCAGCUGGAUGGGAAUCCUCCACCAGCCAACUCGUGGUAUGCGGAAUGCGGCGUCUUCAAGCAGGCCACAAUUGCCGAGCUGGCCACGCCCACUCCCAGCGCCAAUGGCGGCGGCAGUUCCUGGUAUGCCGAGUCGGGACUCUAUCAGACCAGCGGCAUCUCUGUGGCCAGUUCCAGUGGCAGCUCCGGUGUCUCCACGGGCAACGAAGCGGGUCUUGGUGACGAUCUCCAGCCGCACAGUCUCUUCUCCAAUGAACCUCUAUACCAGGUUUACAGCGCUGCCAAAUUGGAGUCCAUUACACGUGACUUGGAGGCGCAGGAGAACUCAGCGGAUGGCUACGAGGAGAUUGGACUGCACGCUCACUCCAAGACUCCACCGACGCAGCAAAUGAAGACGCGUCCAACGGCACUGCAGCUGGUGGAGCCCAAGAAUGGACCCUCACGCACGCUGUGGAGCGAGAUUCCCGAGGUGAUACACUCCUGCAUACUGCCAACGCUGACACCGCGGGAACGUGGCUUGCAGGAGGCCAAGUUUGAGAUAAUGACAUCGGAGGCGAGUUACCUGAAAUCGCUGAAUCUGCUGCGUCGCCAUUUCAUGAACAACACGGCCUUCUGCGAUAGCUCCGUGCUGAGCACGCGGGAUCGGAAGGCGCUCUUCUCCUACAUUGUGCCCGUGCAUGAGUGCUCGGAGCGUCUGUUGACGGAGCUGGAAUGUUGCUGGCAGAAUAACAUCAUGUUGCUGGGAUUGAGUCGCUGCAUCUAUGAGAUUGCCGAGCGCCAUUUCCAUGUGUACAUCACAUUCUGUGAGCAUCAGGGCAGAAUGGAUCGCACACUGCGUCGUCUGAAGGAGGCGAAGAAUGGAGCAUUCCAGCAGCAUCUGGAUAAACUGGAGGCGAAUCCCAGCUGUUGUGGUCUCAAUCUGCACUCGUUUCUCAUGCUGCCCAUGCAGCGGAUUACGCGUUUGCCGCUCCUCAUUGAUGCCGUGUUCAGCAAGGAGUCGCCACACAAUGCCGAGGAAUAUGAGAGCUGGAAAUUAACGUUGGCUCUGGUCCAGAAGAUCGUCUCGCAGUGCAACGAGGCGGCGAAUCGUUGGGAGCAGGCCUACGAAUUGGAACGCAUCUCCAAGCAACUGGAAUUCCCCAGCCAUAUACGUGCUCUGGCCAUUGCACCCGUCGGUGUGCCCAAGCAGGGCGCCAAGCCACGUUUCCUGGUCAAGCGGGGCGAGUUAACGCAUAUCAUGUGGCGUGGCGACGAUGCCAAGUUGACCUUUGGCAAGCGUUUCUCCAAGUCCAGCAUAUAUGCCUUUCUCUUCUCCGAUCUGUUGGUGCUCUGCAAGCGCAAAGGAGAAUCCAAUUUUACGGUGUUCGAUUACUGCCCCAGGAGCAUGUUGACCCUCGCAUCGGGCGACACUUUGCCACAGCUGCCCACCAAAGACAUUAAGGAUCCCACUAGCAAAAAUCUCAUGCUGAUGACGCUGCUGGAAAACUACGAGCGCAAGACAAUUGAACUUGUGCUGUCCUGUCCAUCGGUAUCCGAUCAGCAGCGUUGGCUGGAGGCCAUGCGUCCGCCGGAGGCGGAAACGCCUGGCGAGAAGUUGUACGAAUCCUGGGACUGUCCGCAGGUUAUUGCCAAGCACAGCUACAAAUCUGAUGAGCCAGAUGUGCUACAGCUGGAGCAGGGCGACGUUGUAAAUGUUUCACGCAAGCUGCCUGAUGGCUGGUACCAGGGCGAACGCAUUAGGGACGGAGCCGUUGGCUGGUUCCCCGGCAGCUACACCGAGGAGCUGAAUUCGUCCCACGUUCGUGCUCGCAAUCUAAAGCAGCGACAUCGUCUGCUCACCUUCACCGCCACGUAUCUGGAGGCACAGAAGGGCAAAUGAUUGCGAUCCAAGUACAUCCACAAAGCCAUCAACUCCAUUCGGGCCACGUCUCAGUUGGCCGAGUAUUCAAUUAUUGUAGUCCAUUGAAAUAAUAUAUAAUUAAUUAUAUAUACGAAUUAGGAAAUGUGAUAAUUAAUUAAUUUUCUGUUAAAAUGUAAAACAAAGAAAACAGAUAAAAUCAAUUGCUGCCCGUUUAAUUUAUGUGCAUUAAUUCUAAAUAAUUUAAGUGUAACCAAUUCAGUCGGAAUAUAAAUAUAUAUAUA